UUGCUAAAACAUUUGGUUCCUUUGCUUCACCUCGGUGUUCAUAGAAGACAUGGAGACGAUCCUGAGCGUCCUGGGCUUGGAGUGGAUAGACCUCAGAAGUUUUCUGAUAUUUUUCUGUGUUUUUCUGCUGCUGACAGAUGUUGUGAAGAACAGAGUGCCUAGUAACUUUCCACCAGGCCCGUGGUCUUUUCCUUUUAUUGGAGACCUUCCUCGCAUUAAGGCGUCCAAAAUUCACCUGCAGUUUAAAGAGUUUGCAGGAAAAUACGGGAACAUUUUCAGUCUUCGUUUGUUUGGUGGAAGGGUUGUCGUCAUUAAUGGCUACAAGCUGGUGAGAGAAACUCUGAUCCAACAAGGAGAAAACUUCAUCGAUCGUCCCAAAAUCCCGUUGUUUGAUGACUUAGUUGGGAAUAAAGGUCUUGUAAUUUCCAGCGGCAACCAUUGGAAGCAGCAGAGGAGAUUUGCUCUUCACACACUCAGAAACUUUGGUCUGGGAAAGAAAACCCUGGAGCGAUCCAUCCAGCAGGAGUGUCGGUAUCUCACUGAGGCUUUUGCUGAUUUACAAGGUCAGUCAUUUAAUGCCCAUAGACUGAUCAACAACGCUGUCGCCAACAUCAUCUGCUGCUUGGUCUUUGGGAGUCGAUUUGAGUACAACGACAAGCAGUUCAAGAUCAUCCUUCAACACUUUGACGAUUCACUGUACUUACAAGGAAGUGUGUGGGCGCAGAUUUACAACGUAUUGCCCUGGCUGAUGAAAUGGCUGCCUGGACCUCAUCAGAGGAUUUUCACCAUAUCACACGAAAUAUUAGACUUUAUUAAAGUAAGGAUCAAGGAACACAAAGAGAACCUGGACCCUUCAUCACCCAGAGACUACAUCGACUCCUUCCUCAUAGAGAUGGGAGAGAAAGAAGACAAGGAUUCUGGUUUUGAUAUCGACAAUUUGUGUUUUUGCACUCUGGACCUGUUUGGUGCUGGAACCGAAACCACCACCACCACUUUACACUGGGGGCUGCUGUUCAUGAUCUUGAACCCACAAAUACAAGAGCGGGUCCAGGCUGAGAUAGACGCUGUGAUUGGUCCGUCCAGGCAGCCGUCUAUGACUGACAGAGACAACAUGCCUUACACCAACGCUGUCAUCCACGAGAUACAGAGGAUGGGGAACAUCAUACCGUUAAAUGUGGCCCGGUCAGCUAACCAGGACACCACAGUGGAUAAAUACUCCAUCCCAAAGGGCACCAUAAUCCUCACUAUGCUGGACUCAGUUUUACACGAUGAGUCCAUGUGGGAAACUCCGUACACCUUCAAUCCUCAGCACUUUCUGGAAAAGGACGGCAAAUUCAGGAAGAGAGAAGCAUUUCUUCCCUUCUCUGCAGGUAAACGUGUGUGUCUCGGGGAGCAGCUGGCCAGGAUGGAGCUGUUCCUCUUCUUCACCUCCCUCCUCCAGAGGUUCACAUUUUCAUCUCCUCCAGGAGAGAAGCCCAGUCUGGAGUUCAAACUGGGACUCACUCAUUGUCCCAAACCUUACCGCCUCUGUGCUGCACCACGUUAACCUGCUGCCUGAUGACUGCAGCCAUAAAAUCACUAUAAAAUGAGUCAUAAUGGCAGUCAACAUGAAAAUUAACUUAUAAUGUGCAAUAAAGAUUAAAAUGUUUAGAAAAAUGCUGUAUAAGGUAAAUGACGUGAUUUUAUUGGACCAGACUCAUUAAAUAAUUGUUUCAUUUAAACUGAAUUUGCACACAUAUAUUAAUGCACUCAUGAAAACAAUUUCAGGUAAUUAACCUACUUAAGAUAUUUCUUGCAUGUACGUUUGUUUAGCAACACUUUUUUGGAUUCUUUUUGAUCUUUUAAAGGUUAGUCUCCAGUAUUUACAGUAUUUACAGUACUUUGAACAAAUCUACGAUUCAGUGGAUGCUGUAUUAUCAUUUCUUUUCCUUGCAAAUACUUUCAGGAUAAUCAUCAAGUCUCACAAAUGUUUGGCUGGCAACUUUAAUGGUUUAUGAAUUUAAAACGCAGAUUUAAAAGGAUUUGCAGAUAACCAAGUGUUAUGACUUAGAUUAGAGGUCUUCAAGUUGGGAGUCGCGACCCCCAGUGGCGUUGUGCCAGUACUACAAGAGGGUGUUGUAAAAUUUCUGAUUGAUUUGACAUAUUCAGUUGUUUGUUUUUUAUCCAAAGUUGUCUUUAAAUACACAUGAACAUGAAUCCAAUAUGCAACAUAUUCAAGAAAGGAGCCAUUGACUAUUGUGUUUCAGUCAGAAAUACAUUCAUUGACCAAAAAUCAGUUCAUCAUGGUAAAAGUUCUGAAUUUUAUGAAUUUAUUCAUAACAGUUUCAUUGACAGGUCAUCACUUUUGUAAUCAAACCUAAAUAAAGAAAAUAAAAACGUGAUGUAAAGAA